UUUUUAAUCUGCAGAAAUUAUCAAAUAAUACUACUCAACUUUUGUUCAGGGGAAACGUCAAAAUAAGCAGGGGAAAAUUAAAAAAAGAACAACAACAACAAAAGAAAUACAGUUGUGUAACAGUUGGUGAGAAUCACACCGCCAUGGAAGAGCCGAUGCUGAAGAAGGGUCCUGCGUCGACGACGUCGUCGUCCGACGUCAACAUCAUCGUGCCGCGUCGGCGCCGGUCCGGGGUCGGCAUGUUCGGCGCCGGCGCCACUGCCGAGAGUCGCCUGUCGUUCCCGGUGUCCCUCAUCGCCCUGUUCCUCGGCGUCCUGGCCUGCGUCACCGCCGUUUGGCUGUGGCGAGUCGAGUUGCCCGCCAGGGUGGCCGAGCUGCAGGAGAGGCUGGAAAUGUCGCAACUGCACUUGGGCGAACACAAGAGGGCCAUCCACUUCCUGAGGAAGGAGAUGAUGUUCACGUAUUCCCGACUCCAGGCGAUCAGCGCGUACGAAACGUCGAUCAAGCUGCUACAGCCGAAUGGAGUCAAUCCGAAUCUGGCGGAUUACCCUGCUUUCCUCCACGACGACAGCACUAAAUCCGACUGGGAUGUCUUGGGAAAAACUACUUCCGCCAUGAACUCCAUGCUGGAGAAAUUUUCCGAAGACCCAGUCCUCAUCCGACGAAACCACGAGGACACCUUCGACGUGGCUUCCACACAGGCACCAUGAAUUAAUCGGUCACCUACGUGAAAAAAGCUUUUCCGCAAGAGAAUAGGAAAACGUUCAACGGGGAAUUCCGCCCAGAAGCGUAUCAAUUAUUGUUCAUUGGAGAUGUAUAGUGGAGAGGGAGGGGAAAUAAUGAUGAAAAUAAAAAGAAACGUGGGCAACAGAUUGGUUGCUUUUUCAUACGAAA